AUGUUUGGUAAAAAGUUUCUUAAUUUUAUUUUCAUUGUGCUGGUUUGUGUAGCUUUGAAGAAAGGAAAUCAGAAGAAAAUUUCAAAUGAAACAGAUCAGAAGAGCGCCCGUCAAGUGAAGCCAAGUUUCCACGAAGUCGAUGCUUUUGGUGAUGAUUUCGUCGACUUUGGUGCUAGGACGGGACCUCACGGGCAGUUUACUUGGCAUGCUGAUUUCCCUUUGGAAUGA